AUGUCUGCUACACGCCCCAAGCCGGCCAGCCAUGUGCCCCCAAGGCCGCCUUCACUCACUGCCCUUGGCGCCUUCGCCGUCUUCGCCGUGGCCAACCUGGUGGCCGCCGUCUUCUCGCCCAUCCAGGACUGUGACGAGGUCUUCAACUACUGGGAGCCCACCCACUACCUCAAUCACGGCUCCGGCCUGCAGACAUGGGAGUACUCCCCUGAAUACGCCAUCCGGAGCUGGUCCUAUACCGCCAUUCACUCGCUGAUCAUCUGGGCUGGCAUGCGGCCCCUGCACCUGCUCGGCCUGGGAGCCUCCAAGGUUGCCGAGUUCUAUUUCCUGCGAGUGGUGCUGGCCGUCUUUUGCGCCGCCUGCCAGGCCCGCAUGUACUCGGCCAUUCGUAAAACGUUCCAAGAGCGCAUUGCCAUCUUCUUCAUGAUGAUCAUGGUCAUUAGCCCGGGCAUGUACCACGCUGCCCCUGCCUAUCUGCCGUCUAGUUUCGCCAUGUACUUUGCAAUGCUCGGCUUUGCCUCUUUCAUGGACUGGUACGGUGGCUCAAUCCGGACUGCCCAGGGCAUUUCCUGGUUUGCCAUUGGGAGUGCUCUUGGCUGGCCCUUUGCCGGUGCGCUCGCCCUGCCUUUUAUCUUGGAAGACGCCAUCGUCGGUCUGGUUACAGGCACGAUCCUGCAAAGCUUGCGACGCUUGAUACUCCAGGGUGCGACAAGUGCCCUCGCCAUUCUCGGCCUGCAGACAGUCAUUGAUUCUCUGUUCUACAGGGAGCUCGUGUGCGUGCCGCUGAACAUUGUCCUCUACAAUGUCUUCAGCGGCGGGAGUAGAGGCCCUGACAUCUACGGAGUGGAACCAUGGCAUUUUUACGUGCGUAACUUGGCCUUGAACUUUAACAUCUGGUUCUUUCUUGCCUUGGCUGCUUUACCGCUGCUUCUUAUCCAAUAUCUGGUGUUUGACAAAGCGGUGUCUCAACACGCCCUCAGGCGAUCUGUGGUCUUUGUCAGCCCGUUCUAUCUGUGGCUGGCCAUAUUCACUGUCCAGCCUCACAAAGAAGAACGCUUCAUGUACCCAGCCUAUCCGGCGUUGGCGUGGAAUGCCGCCCUGUCACUGCACAUAUGCCUGGCCAACUUUGGCUCCACGGAUCCACGCCACCUCGUCAGCCGCAUCCCUCCCAUGGUGAAGCUCACUGUAGUUUGCAUUCCACUGCUUUUGUCUCUGAACUUGGGCAUGCUCCGUACAAUUGGCCACAUCACAGCAUACUCGGCACCACUGAGUGUGUACAAGCCGCUGUUUGAUCAAAAGUUUGUCCGCAUCCAAGGCACGCCAGAAGACAUGGUUUGUUUGGGCAAGGAGUGGUAUCGCUUUCCGUCGUCGUUCAAUCUGCCCGAAGGCGUUCGUGCCAAGUUCAUCAAAAGCGAGUUUUCCGGCCUUUUACCUGGCGAGUUCAGCGAGGGCGACACGGGCUCAGACCUGUUCCCAGGGACCUGGAUGAUGCCAAUGGGAAUGAACGAUGAGAACCGGGAGGACCCGGGGAAAUACGUUGAUGUCAAAUUUUGCGACUUUCUUGUGGACUCGCGUUUGCCUGGAAUGUCACCGACCGAACUCGAGCCGGAUUAUAUCUCGGACACAGCACACUGGGAGACUCUGCAAUGCCUUCCAUUCCUCGAUGCCAGCCAGACAAACUUUCUCAGUCGCAUGCUCUGGGUCCCCAACUUGCCCUUUAUUCCAGCCAAGUUCCAGCGGAAAUGGGGCGAGUACUGCCUACUGCGGCGCAAGAUGUCAAGGGAUGGAGGGCAAGCCAAGCGUAGGCCGGUAUGGCAUCCCGUCCCCUUCACACGCCCACCCGCCUCUCCGUACCCCAACUGGUGCAUCACCUCGACGCCCCCGCUCCCCUACCGCCCCUUCCGGCACGGCCCAAAAUACAACAUCACCAUGGGUCUGCGGCGCAUGCACUGGGACGAGUGGAUCGAGCUCGACAACCAGUAUCUAGCGUACCACGCCCUGAAAGCCUCACGCCUUGCAUCGCGAGGGCCUCGCUGCGUGCGCACCGCACCGGAAGCUGUCUCCGCGUCUGCAGAGCUCUUGCAGGACCUCGUGUCGUACUUGCCACAGCGCUAUCCCAGUCUGUUCCGCGCCGAGGGCCACAGCACCAUGCGGAACUUGGCUACGGGCGAGGUCUUCGAUGCGGCGUUGCUGCAGCGCAACGGACGCGCUGAAGAAGCCAUUGCGCUUGUCGCCCGCGUGCUGCAGGACGACGUGGCCAUCAUGAUGGAGCGCCCUGAUGGCCAGUAUUACCUCGUUUGUGGCGCCGUGCUGCUCGCCGGCUUCUGGCGCCUCGAGGAUAAAUUCGGUAUGGGGCUCAGUCAGAUUCAUCAGAGUGGAGAUGUACCUGGAUACAAGGAUAAGCUGGAAAAAGGCAUGAUGAGUUUCUUCCGCCGGAUCCAGCCCGACGCGCCCAUGCUGCGCAACAACUACUUUAUCCAGGUCGACGACAAGCUGGCGUGGAGCGACAGCAUCAGAAGCGAAGAUGCGAGUGAAGAGGGGGCCGUGGGCUGGUUCACGGCGGAGAAGAACAAGGCGAUUGAGCAUCAUUAUUUUCGGAGUGAGAGACAGAGCUUGCGGAGACUGCCCAAAUCCGGUGGCGUUGUGUUUACUAUACGGACCUACUUUGAGCCGAUUACCAAGAUUGCCGAAGAGCCCUAUGUGCCUGGGCGGCUGGCUAGUGCGAUCCGGUCGUGGGGCGAUGAUGUAAGCCGGUACAAGGGCAAGGAGCGCUAUGGCGAGGUGCUGCUCGAGUAUUUGGAUAGGAAGCAUGCGGAGCAAGUGGCGCAGGGCUUGGUGGUCGAGGGCGGCGAGGACGAGGCAGCGAGGGGAUAUCCCUUUUAGGAAGGACGAGGGUGUU